AUGAAUGAUAUUCUUUGUAUUGUUAAAACAACAUCUCAAAUAAAGAACGGUUCAUGGGUUCGUGUUGAACAUGGAAUUUAUCCAGAUGAUUUAGCUAAAGUUGAAUAUUGUGAUAUGAUACAAAAUAUGGUUACAUUUAAAUUAAUACCACGAAUUGAUUAUACAAAAAAAAACGUGAAACAUCAAAUGAUCAAAAUGAUAUUAAGACUUUCGUCAAUACUGAUUAUAGCGUUAAUUAAAUCAUAUGAAAAUGUAACAUAUCGUAAAGAAUUAAUUGAACAAAUCGAUGAAAAAACUCAAAAUGAUAUAAUGAAAGUAUCAAACGAAUUUUUUCUUUUACUACUCUUAAUACAACAAGAAAUUGUUGGUUCAAAAGAUUAUUCAUAUCAUUAUAACGGUUUAAAUGAUGAAAAUUUAUCACAUGGAUAUGAUGAAUUAUCUUCAUCAUUUUUAUUACCAGAUUUAAAAGAAAGUUUUUCUAUUGGACCUGAACAUGAAGAAAAAAUACGUUAA